CACACUCCCCUUUAACAGUGCCAUGAUAUGUGUUCCUCGCUUCUAGCUGUUCUCGGUGCAGCUAUGGUAAUGCAGCGGUGCCGCCGCUGAGCGUUCAGCAUUUGGACGUGCCGUCAGAAUUUCCAAAGAGGUGCUUCAUCACAUCGUUUGCGCCGUUUCGGAAGAGGAGGAGGUGACGGUUACUGAAAAAGAAAACAGGAGCAGGAGAUGUCCAGGAGUCGUCUCGGCCACCUGAAGCCGUGCUGCGCCUGGUGCGAGGACAACCGCAAGGACUUGAGGCACGCCAUAACCGUUGGCCACGCACGCAAGGAGUUCUGCUCCGAGAAUUGCUUGCACGAAUUCAAACGUGUCUACCUCAAGGUGGCAUGUGCCCUUUGUGAGAUCGUAAUCCGUGGCGCAUCAGUGCACCUAGACGACCAUGGGCAGCUACGCGAGUUCUGCAGCACCGAGUGCCUAGACAAGUACCGCUUGAGAGACCCCACAACCAUGGCCACUGCAGACCGGUCCAGCAAGCUCAAGCCUCAUGGGGGCAGCCAGAUUCAAUACCAAUACGAAAGCUCUGGCUACUUUGACUGGGACGAGUACCUGAAGGAGACCAACUCUCAACCAGCGCCGUCCACAUGUUUCAAGCAGAACCCUGUGCCUCCCAAGAACGAGUUUCGUGCGGGCAUGAAGCUGGAGGCCCAGGAUCCUCGCAAUGUCACCUCCACGUGCAUCGCAACAGUGGUUGGCAUCCAGGGUCCUCGGCUGCGCCUGCGCCUGGACGGGGGCGACAACAAGAACGACUUCUGGCGCCUGGUCGACUCUGAAGAGGUGAAGCCCAUAGGGCACUGCGAGCGGAUCGGCGGCAUGCUGCAGCCACCGCUGGGCUUUCGCAUGAAUGCCUCCUCGUGGCCUAUGUUCCUGCUGAAGACCCUCAACAAGGCUGACAUCGCCUCAGAGUCUUACUUCAAGCCGGAACCAGCCAGCCCACGCAGCAAUGAAUUCAAGGUGGGCAUGAAGCUGGAGGCACUGGAUCGCAAGAACCCGCAUCUCAUAUGCCCCGCCACUGUCGGUGCAGUCAAAGAUGACAUGCUCUUUGUCACCUUUGAUGGUUGGCGUGGUGCCUUUGACUACUGGUGCCGUUUUGACUCUCGGGAUAUCUUCCCUGUUGGGUGGUGCCGCCUCAGUGGGCACCCUCUCCAGCCACCUGGCAACAAAGGAGCCAAAUACAAGGCACGGCCAGGCAGUGCGGGCACCGCAGUGGUUCCAGCCGUCGGCUCGCCCAGCAUUCCGCCGCCUCCCAGGGUGCCCUCGCCUCGGAACUCUACCCCAUCCAGUAACACCUUGGCACCUGCUUCACCGGCGGCCACAGUGACACGUGCACGGACUGCCCAGUCGACAGGGUCCACCUCAAACAGCAGCACAACCUCUGAGACAACACGAGUCAAAUCACCACACGUCCUGGUCACUGAGCCUGACACCAGCACGGUGGCUGCCAAGCAGAAUCCUACAGUGUGUGUCUACGUGAAUCACCAGUGCUCUUGUGGGCCCUACCUGGAUCCAGCCAAAAUUGGCCAGCUGCCCCUUCAGCUGGGGCCUGGUUCUAUGAACAGGGUGCUGCGCGAGGCUGUGCAGGCGUGUGUUGACUGUGCUCUGAAUGAGAAAAAUGUAUACAACCUGCUGCGCAAGGGCAACGGCAAAGUCAUCAUCAAUGCCACCUUUGAUGGCCAGUCGCACACGUGCCACCUGCCGGCCGUGGACAAGGUGUCGGCCUUCUGGACCUACCUGGAGAACCUCUUUGAGGAACUGCUGUGCUGCGAGAACUUCUACUCCAGUCAGCCUCUGCAGGGUGGAUGCACCAAGUGCGCGAGCAAGGCCCCCACCAAGCCACGAGCAAUGGAGCAGUCUUCAAUGGAUGGGCCCACAGCAGUGCCAGCCAGCACCAGCCCGAAUCCUGUGGCAGUCUCAAAGCGCAGCCCGUCUUCAGAUCUCUCACCACAGACUGGCACACCGGCUAAGAUGGCCUGUGUUCGCAACGCUGACACUGAAGAAAGCGUACCAUCUGAAGUGUGCAACCUUGCAGCAGUUUCUCUAGAAACCAGUUCAACGACGAGCCAUCACUCGGAAAGAUUGCAGAGGCCCGUAGCAGUUACCACGGCUACAAGUGCCCCUGCUGCCAAGCCCGGUCCACCACCAUCGUCCCCUCCGUCGGAGUGGAGCAUCGAAGAUGUGAUCCGGUACAUAUCAAACCUGGAUGUAGCUCUGGCCACGCACUCGGACCUUUUUCGCAGACACGAGAUCGAUGGCCGAGCAUUGCUGCUCUUGAACAGCGACAUGAUGAUGAAGUAUAUGGGCCUCAAACUGGGUCCCGCUCUCAAGAUCUGCAACAUCAUUGACAAGAUCAAGGGCAAGAAAGCACUGUGACAAGGCUUGCUGGAUGCCAUUGACUGUCAUCAGCUUCACCUUGACUCUUCCUUUUCGUCAGUGACCAAGGUUUCUUCGGUUUCCUGUGUGAGUGACCUGAGAACUGUCCCCACCUUCUUCUCGUGUUCCUUCUUUGCCAGUUAUAUUGCGUCAGUGGGAAGCAUAUUUCCUAUUCUUCAAGGUGAGCAGCAUCGUGUGGUCUUCAAAAAUUCGUGGAGUGCUCACUCACGGGGCACCAGGUUGGCUUCCUGUCAAAAGUUCCAGACUCCGGUGUGUUUGUGUUUUGUGUGUGGCGGACCCUCCUUCUGAACUGACCUCUGCUACACGGUGGUGCAACUCGGUUGACGAAAGUGGAGCGAAUUGUUUCUUCUCUAUCCUCGUGGUUAAAUUAUGUGAACAAUGCGAUCUGUGUAUCGCGACUGCAACAUCAGACAGUGCGGCCAGCUGAACCUGUUUUCAUCAUUUUAAUUUAAGGAAGCAGCUGUUGCCAUCGUUAUGCCUUGUUUGUAUGUCCGGUGUGUGCGAUGAAUAUACAAUUUUUGAAGUGGCAUUUACCAAAUAGUUACUGGGGGUUCUUUUUCUUCGUUCUCAUCCAGCAUUAUGAUGGCGCAAGGGCCAAAUCAUCUAUUUAUAUUUGUUUUGUGAAAGCUUCCUAUGUGUCUGGUUUAUGUUGUGUGCGUGGUAAUUCAUCAUCCUGCUUUCUAGAUUGCAGGAAAUGUGAAAGUGCUGUUGUACUGUACACCACCAUAGGUGUCACUAGUUAUUGGCCGGUUCUACACUUGUCAUCAUCUCUGUGAGGUUUGACCGAAAUGGCAUGACACACCUUGUCCUCUUAGAGGACCCCGGUUAGGAAAGCAUCAAUCGUACAAUCGGAGCAGGUUUGUGUCACUUUUGUUCAAUUUACUGUUGCUUAAUCAAUUAAGGUGGGGCAAGUACCAUGGACCAGUUUGAGCAUCCUUCCGCAUAUUGCAGCAACAACUACAUUGUCAUGCUUCAGAACGCUACGGUAAAAAACCUUGUUGUCUUGUCUUCUUGUGUCCCUGUUUAUGUUUUCAACCAACUAGCCUAUUUAUCCAUCUCGACGGGUAAUGCCUUGGGUGUUCCAGCAAGACAGGUGCUGGGCUUUAUAAAAAGCCCCUUAAAUACAGAGAUAGCCAGCACAGGCUGCUGCAUGUUUUAACUUGUCUAUGUAUGCUUGUGGGAACAACAGUGUGUACACAUGCAAACUGACCGGAAGCGCAGCCUUUGUUGACUUCCAGGAAGCGCACAGUGGCACCCGUGGUGUUUGUUUGCCUUUGAGGAAAGUCCCCCAAGAAGUUGUUCAGUGUGAAAGCAAAUGCUUUCGCUGUAGUAGUAGUAGCUGUAGCAUUCUUGGCAAAUGUAUUUUUGUGACCCCCAUUAGGGUUUACUUGGUGUUCUGUGUUUUGACUUCAUAUGGGUUGGGCUAAUGAUUUACUUUUUCUGCACAUUUGCAUGAUCUCAAGUUUUGUGUUUCAAUGCCUGCGUGGUGGGCAGCCAGCCAAGAAAGUCUGUCUCGGUGCACACUGCUAGCAGGCUUAUUCAUAAUGUACAGUUUGGCUACACCUUUAGUUUAUAUGCUGGACACUUGGCACUAUUGGCAUUUUAAUUAUGCAGAUUUAAAUAACUUGGGUAAUGCUACAGGCUUGUAUUUGGCAAGCGUUUGCUCGGUCAUUGGCACAUACUUCAAGUCUCCCGAAAAGAAGGGGGUGCUUGCUCAGGAUUUUACGGUACGUCGUUCUCCCUGCGGUUGCCCCAUGAGAUGGUGUGCCCUGUGGUUGUGUGCUAUUGCCAAUGUUCGGACUGCAAGUGAAAGUCCAACCAAAUAACCUGGUCCUUACUACAUGCUGAAAGUUUUUGCAUUUCUAGUUUGUUUCCGUAAUGCUGCAUUUAAUGCAAGAAUGUUUUAUUUUUUCAUUUUGCUUUAAAGUAUUCAUUCAGUGAAUGCAUUUUUGCAGCUGAGUGUUUUAAGACAUCUAAAAUGCAUCCCUUGAAUGCAGACUAGCCCAGCUGUGAACUUCACUUUGUUUCAUUCAAACAUGCAUGUUGGCAGAUUUCUUUGGCUAGCACCUGCUUUUUCAUUAGGCAACAGUUGUAUGACCAGUGCUUGUCUAUUACUCAGUGUUUUAGAGCACGAAACAAGUCAAACUUGAGAUAUUCUAAUGAUAGCGUUGUUCAGUACAGCAUGCCACAAACUCAAUGCGGAACUAUCUACAUGGCUCCAGUUCUCGAUUUGGUGAUUGCUUUAUUUUGGUGAACAUUUUAUGUGUACCAAUUGUGCAGAUUCCUUGUGUAUGAGUAAGCAUACAUUAUGCACAUUAACUGCUCAUGUAGUACGUGCACAGUAUGCAAUGAAUGUUCCUAUCGACAAUAAUACUGGAAUAUGGUGAGUGAGGGUAAAUGUGGUGGUGACCCCACACUGAGUGGAUCUGUCAUUAAAUGCAUCACUGUACAGCGAACUAUCAUUAAUUCAUUUCGGAGAACUCUGCAUCUCUUAGUUGAGUUUUUUGGUUAACGUGAGUCAAACAUCGAAAUUAGCAUUAUUUUGUGCAGCUGCUUGCUAAAGGUCACUAUAGACAGAAAAAAAAACAAGACAAUAUAACUCAUACUUGCAAGUUACGGUUAUUGAACAUUGGAAAUGACAGUUUUGCUGUGCAUAGACGGUAACUAGGAAAGGCAUAUGUACGAGCAGUUAGUGGUACCAUGCUACACUACGUGUCUGUUACAUCAUAGAUUGCGAUAGCAUUUGCUAAGAAUAAUUGGUGUUUUAUUAAUAAUGUGGCAUUGCAUGUGAAAAAAUACCAAAGACUCUAUAGUGUUCACAACGAUUCCCGUACAGAAUCUGUCCAAGCACACAACAAUGAUUUGAAUUCCAUGAGGUACUGAUGUAACAUUGUUUUGUGUGCAAUAUUCAAACACUGUUUAAUUUUGUCUGCCCUUUCCCACCAAAUAAAUCAAGC